AUCCGAACCUCUGAACCUGGGCCACCAAAGCAGAGUGUGCCAAACUUAACCACUAUGCCACAGGGCUGGCCCCAGGAGGGCACUUCUUAAACCUUGGAAUCAGAUUGGACACUGCCACCCUUGUUGUCUGUUCCACAUUGAUUUUCACACAGUAAUUGCUUUUUCAGUAACUGCCAGAAACCUAGCUUUGCAGAGACGUGAAAUCAUGGAAAGGAAUGUAGAAGAUAGAAAUAUGGAAACCGUGAACUCCCCUGAGCACAGCAUCCAAAGAUGCUGAGUAUCACUAUCCCUCUCAAAAGUAAGAAGUGUGCUCCUGUGCCCUGCGAGUGCACUGUGGGUUCACUGUGGGGCCUCAGUGCACAGUUUGGGAACCACUGCUCUGUGCUCUUCUCUUUUCCCUCUGGAUCUGUGGAUGUCCUACACCCCAGGCCACAUGUUGGUGUGCGGUUAGUCACCCCCAACCCCCACUGCUCUUAGGGACAGGUCACAGGGUCUCACCUGACAGCCUGUGUUGGGUUUUCCUUUGAGGCCAUUUGUUCCCAGCCUUGGUGCUUAGUGGGUUUUUUCUUUAUCCUUUGAUUUCAGCCUCAUCAGAGCUCAAGACCUGGCUCCAACUUCGUUGUGAUCGGGAGCAGGUUUACUUUAACCAGAAAGCGUGGCAGACUCUCAGGGUUGAUGUAAAAACAGCCCAGCCUGAUCAGAGAAAGUGGUUUGGGGUCAUUUCCCUGCAGAUGUGACUUUGAAAAACACCGGAAGUGCUGGGCUUCCUCCCUGGCACCCACUCUGCGUCUCUGGUGUGGGGCUGAGCACAGGAGGGCUGACUCCUCAGUCCACGACACCUGACUCUCCGCCACUGUGAUGGGCUUGGCCCUGUUGCUUGCUGAGGACAAGAGAACGUGGGCAAAGGUGGCAUCGUGCAAAUUCCAAGUCUAGAUCUCUGGAGGCAUCGUGUAUUUCUGUUCACCCCUCUGGAAGUUUCCACCUUCCACCACAUUAGAAGAGCAUGGCCUAGGGAGCCGCAGCCCCUCCAGCCUGGCCCCACAAAGAGGCCCAGGGAGCAGAGCCCUCCCAGCUGACCUGCAGACCUGUGAGCAUAAGGACAAAUGCAUAUGGCUGUACACAUUGAGUUUGGGGGUUGCUUGUUACACAGAAACAGCUCACUGAUCUAAAUGGAAAAGAGGCCCAUAAGGGAAAGGUAAGAGUGACAGAAAUAUAACAUCCGAGGAGGGUUAUUGUUCUUAGGGAUAAGACGAGUCUUUAAGAAGAUAUGCAGUGAUUCUUCUGUGGAAUAAUGUUAUAUCCACUGAUUCCCAAGACAGACCAAGGAGGAAGGCAGUGACGGUUUUAUCCCCAUUUUAUAGAUGCAGAUAUUAAGGCUGAAAGUGGUUGAAGGUGCACAGAUGAGCCCGGUCUGGGCCCUAAAUCCCUGACUCCGGGCCAGGCUCUUCCCGGGGCUGUGCUGCCUCUCAUGCGGGCCCAACUCUGAGCACAGCCAACAUGGCAACAGCUCGGCACUUUGGACAAGUGGGGCCACGGUUGGGACCUUCCUUCUGGCGGCUCAGGGAGGGAUGGCAGGGACCGUGGCUGGGAGCUCCCCAGAGCAGAAGGGGCAGUGUUUUGAUCAAGAGGGCGGAGGUGCCAACAGAGAGGUGUCUGUGUUCUCUGUGCUGAGAACUGGAGGGGCUGGUCACCUGCGGUGCGAGCCACAGCUGUGCCACCUGUGGGAGGCAUCCUGUGUCCGGCCAAAAGCUGGACCAGUGGCUUCCCUCUAGGUUGCUCCCAUUGAAAGGUCUGGCAAGCAUGUGUCCAGGAAAGAAACCCCUGGGAGAAAGGGGUCCAGGCACCUGCGUUGAAUAUGCCGAUGGUCUUGCCUUGAUGGUUGGGCUCUGGAUUUUGACAUAUUUGAAGCUGUACCAGCCUCAGGGAUUGAAAACAGGCGAAUCAGCGAUCAAGCCUUUGCCAAAGGCUCCGCAUGGUGGGGCUCCUGGCAGCUUGAGGGCCAGGCCAUAUGACCCCAUCUUGCAACCUCCAUAUCAAGGGACACACGAGCUGAUUAGCAUUCGUGCCAACAGCCGGGCUGUCUGUCAGCGUGUUUUCAUUACUUCAGGGCAUUCUGCUCUUGCUGAUUUUACCUCCUGAACUGCUUUGAAUCUCCUCUGCAUCCUCUUGCUUCACCGCCAGUUGGCCAGAUCUGUAGCACUUUCCUUUGACCUUGGCCCCUCCUGACUACUGCCCUCAGGCCACUCCCUGACCUCCAGUCCUCCACAGCUCUGAACCCCGCUUCACACUGCAAGACCCUCCAUCCAGGGAGGGACGUGGCCCUCCCACUCACGGGGCUCUCCUUGAAGACCACAGCCCCCUCCCAAAUGGGGCAGAGCCCCCCUGGAUGGGGUGGUGGGCUGAACACCCAUGUCCUAACCCCCAGAACCAUGAAUGUGAACUUAUAUGGCAAAAGUGGACAGUGCAGAUGUGAUUGAGGAUCUUGAGAUGGGGAGAGGACCUUAAAUUCAAUCACCUGUAUCUUUAUAAGAGGGCGGUAGAGGGAGCAUUGACACGGAAAAGGCAACAUGAUGAUGGAGGCAGAGACUGGAGUGAUGCGGACACAAGUCAAGGAACACCAGGAGCCUCCAGAAGCUGAAGCAGCAGGAAGGACCCUCCCCUGGAGUCUCCGGAGGGAGCGCGGCCCUGUGACACCAUGAUCUCAGCUCAGUGAAAUACAUUUCAGCCUCUGGCCUCUAAAACUGUUAGAGAAUAAAUCUCUGUCAUUUUAAGUCACCAAGUGUGUGGUGACUUGUUACAGCAGCCUCAGGAAACGAAUACAAAUGGGAAAGUCAAGGAUUCCAAAAGAAAUGACUGGACCCAAGGCCUGACACGGAUCAGGUCAGGCGCAGAUAUUAUCAGGUGCUCUUUCUACAGUAGUGAGAACCUGUGUCUGUUGACAUGAACACAUGCCAGCCACUCCCAUGUGGGAAUGCAUUGACAUUGUUCCACGUCCUCCAGGUGAUGCCCUGGGAAAGGUCACAACUGCCUGAACCUUUAAAGCUGCAGGCGGGACAGGCAUUCUGUGUGCAGGGAUCUGGAGCAAAGCAGCUCUGUGUGGGCCUCCGCCACGUUCUUAAUAGAAUCCUCUUCAUAGAUUGCUUUUUCUUCUUAAAGCAGCACAAAGAGAAAACUGCUAUCAGAGAAUAUCAAUUCCUGAUUCUUGGCAGAACUCCUGUUAUCUGUGGAAGUCACACUUCAGAAUGAGGGGUGCCAGGCUUACGGGGGCGCUGCUCGCCCUGGCCGGCCUGCUGCAGGUGGCCCUGUCCCUGAGAAUAGCAGCCUUCAACAUCCGGACUUUCGGGGAAACCAAGAUGUCCAAUGACACCCUCUCCAACUACAUCGUGCAGAUCCUGAAUCGCUAUGACAUUGCCCUCAUCCAGGAGGUCAGAGACAGCCACCUGACAGCUGUGGGGAAGCUGCUGGACAGACUCAAUCAGGAUGACCCGAACACCUAUCACUUUGUGGUCAGUGAGCCGCUGGGACGCAACAACUACAAGGAGCGCUACCUCUUCGUGUUCAGACCUGACCAGGUGUCCCUGCUGGACAGCUACCAGUAUAACGAUGGCUGCGAGCCCUGCGGGAAUGACACCUUCAGCCGAGAGCCGGCCAUUGUCAAAUUCUCCUCCCCGUUCACCCAGGUCAAGGAGUUUGCCAUUGUUCCCCUGCAUGCGGCCCCGUCGGAUGCACUGGCUGAGAUAGACUCUCUCUACGAUGUCUACCUGGAUGUCCAGCAGAAAUGGGACAUGGAGGACAUCAUGUUGAUGGGCGAUUUCAAUGCUGGCUGCAGCUAUGUGACCUCUUCGCAAUGGCCAUCCAUCCGCCUGCGCAGAAACCCAGCCUUCUGGUGGCUGAUUCCUGACAUUGCUGACACCACAGUGAAAUCCACACAUUGCGCCUAUGACAGGAUUGUGGUUGCCGGAACUCUGCUCCAAGAAGCCGUUGUUCCCGACUCGGCCGUUCCCUUUGACUUCCAAGCUGCAUACGGCCUGAAUGACCAGACUGUAAGUGUCCCUCCUGUUUGUGGUGUGGCUCUAACGGGGGCCUGGGAUGCAGAAGCAUAGUGAGAUCUAGACCCAUGUGACUUCUAGCAAUCGCUGCUUUUCUCAUUGACUCAAAAGAGCCACUUGUCUCGGCCCUGGGGCCUCUUGGUCUCCUCUUCCCAGGCAGAUGUGACAGAAAAAAGUACCUGGGUCCAAAUCCUGACCUGGCCCUCGAGGAGUACUGUUUGCAGAGUACACCACACUGGGCAUCCCUGUGCUCACCACACAUUUCCCCCCAGGCCGAAGCCAUCAGCGACCACUACCCAGUGGAGGUGACGCUAAUGUGAGCAGGGUCCCUGGCUGGAGGCCUCUGCAGCUCGCCUGUCGCUGCUCCUGGGGACCUGCACAAGAACUGAGAGAGAUGGUUGAUCCUGCUGUCACAUUCAAGUGCUGGGGACAGAGUUUAGGAAACCAGUGCCGAGUUCCCUGAGCACAGUGCAGCACCAUCUCCCUACUGUCCCCACCCAACCACCACGGCAGCUGGAGUUUGAGGAGGGCUUCUUCUCACUGUCCCUGCUUCCACCCGAGCAUAGCAUUGUGUCACCAGAGCACUCCACCUUCUCAGAGUCUGGACAAAAAGUAUCACCCUUAGCUUAAGAAACACCUUUUAAUUUAAGUAAAUAAAGCUCGAAAGGGGGUGCUGGCA